AUGUCUAAUAAACCGGUAAUCUGCUUUGAUACAUCUAAAAAUGAACGCUUUCAAAUAUCAGAUAACUACAAAAUGAUGCACCGGAAGCUAAAGAUCAAUUGGAACGUAGAACAAAACGAUGCAGAGCUCAAAAAGGAACGGCUGGCCCGGGUAAAAGUUUUCGUGCUCGCCGGGCCUCAGGACCGUUUUACGGAGGAUGAGUUCGAGGUGUUAAAGCACUAUGUGGAGGUGCAGGGAGGCAGCCUUCUGGUACUCCUGGGGGAAGGUGGAGAGCCGGAGUUUAAUACCAACGUGAACUUCUUCCUGGAGCAGUACGGUAUCUACAUAAACGGGGACAAUGUGGUGCGACCGCACUACUACAAGAACUUCCAUCCCAAGGAAUGCAUUGUGGGUGGCGGCGUUGUGUGCGAAUCCAUGUGGCGACACCUUCUAAAGUUGGACAUCGAAAAGGUGGACUACGAUUUCAGUGAUGAGAAGUACAAGAUACACUUUCAGUACCCUUAUGGCGCCACCCUGAAUGUAUCUGAACCAGCGAAUGUCCUGCUGACCACAGGUCCAGUGGUAUACCCCUUCAAUCGUCCCUUAGCAGGAUACUUCACAAAUGGGAACGGUGGGAAAAUCCUUGCAUUGGGCUCAGGUUAUAUUUGGCACGACAAGUAUCUGCAGGACAAGACCAACGAUGCGAUCUUCGAGUACUUGCUCAAGCUAAUUGGCGGAGACGAGAUAAACUACAGUCAUUUGGAUUUCAAUGAUGUCGAGCUAAGCGACAAUAAGCACUUUACCGAUCUAGCCUUUCUGGCCGACAUGCCCAAGGCUUGUCUGAUCGACUCGAUUGGAACCGAGAUGCCAACGGACUUCAAGCAGAUGUUCGACAUGAAGCUCUGUGCCCUGAGUAAUCGCCUGCUCAAGGAGGUAAUCGAUGCCUACGAGCAAUUGCACGUUAAGUACGAGCCGCUGAGGAUAAUCAAGCCGCAGUUCGAGAUUCCUCUGCCCAACCUCCAGUUGGCCACGUUUCCGCCCAUUUUCAGCGAGCCGCCAGCGCCUCCGCUAGAACUUUACGACCUCGACGAGACCUUUAGCGGAGCAAGAUCUCAAUUGGCACACAUGACUGGACAGUGUCUCCAGGCCCUGCAGUCCAAGGAACCCCAGAGGAGGGCCCUCAACCAGCGGGAACUGGAGAACUACGUGAAAGAAUGCGCCAGAAUUACGGCAAUUGUGGACGACCGUCAGGAUAUGGCCGCCCGCGAAAUACUCAACAUUGUUGCCCGCCAGAUUGUCAGUUACAGGCCUUAUGCGGAGGACUAGGUCUCUCCGAUUACUACAUUCCUGGCAAUGUUUUUUGGGCCAAUCAGCAGAAUAAGAAUUAUGUGAAUAUAAAAUUAAAAAUCGAAAACCUA